AUGUCAUUAGAAGCACGUGAUGACUUGUUCAAUGUUCUCGAAGAAUUUGAAAGUGUUUUCGUGGAAAUCAGUGAUGAAUGGAUGAAAAUUUGUUUCGAGUCAAAUUUCACCGAGUUCGAACAAUUUUCACAAUUCGUUCGUCUUUCGAUAUUGGGAAAUAUUGAUGUAGUAGCGCUUCUAAUCAGAUUGUCGGGUGCGUUAUUACGAUUCGAAAAGUCAGCUGGUGAAAACAGUACUGAAAUAUGGGAAGAAUUAUCGAAGAGGAAUAUGAAUGCACAAAAGCUGGUCGUUUUCUUGUGGUACUUGAUCGAGCGAGCUUUAAUCCAAAACUCCGCAUUGGAAGAGCAGAAGAUAGGGUUGUGUGCGGCUGGUGCUUAUUUGGCAUUGUGUUCACUGAGUGCCUCGCAAGCGUUCAAUAUAUUCAACGCUGCUUUAUAUCAGAAAGUAUUAGAAAUAUUGCGUACAGCAUAUCGUCUUCUAACUUAUGAUGGUGUUCGAAAUGAAGGUAACCGAAGUCGUCAAGGUAAAGCCUCUGGUGCCGCUAAGAGGAAGAGAACUGAUGAUAGCUUAUCGGCAUUACAAAAUUCAACAAUUGUUCACUUGAGUGGAGAAAGUAAACGUGAAGUUACUGAGAUGCUCUUCGAUGCACUCGAUUCAUUAUUCGCUCUUCUUGAUGAAGUGUCAUUAUCGGCCUCUCCUGAAGCUGUGUUGGGCAGUGCAUUGUUGAUUCGAGAUCUGAUGACUAUCGAUUUCUCGUCCAAUAUCUCCGUUGCGGCGAGUCCGUGUCGUCGACUUUCUGAAUUUCAGUCACUGCGUCGUUUCUCGGAACGAUCGUUUGCACUGAUGCAUCGUUUAAUAGAGCCGAGGCACUCGAGCUGUUCCGUACUGCUUGGACACAUUGUGAUGCCACGACUUGUCUUUUGGACAUUCGAAAAUACGACACUUCCGGCGAGUGCGCAUCCAACGAAAUUGAUGAACGAUUAUAAAGACGCAAUGAUACGAUUCAUCAAAUUCCGAAUUGAGAAAGGUGAUGAAGACGAGCUAUCGGUUAUUCAACGUGUUCUCGAGAAUGUGUGUCAUCGUUGUCCAGACAGAAGUGAUUAUCGCACGAAAGUGGCAUCAACAGUGUGUGAGAUCCUCGCGCUCAUGCCUCUCAAAUACCAUUACGAUUUUGCGCACUUUAUUCGCGUAUUCGGUUCGGUCGAUCGAGGUGCAUGGCGUGGUUUUGCGGUCGAAAUGAUUCCACUUUUACUACUCAAUUUUGGUACGUCUUUUUUAGUUUCAAACUUUACGUUCAUCUUUUCAACGCGAACCGUUUCAACUUCUUUCCUUCUGCAAUGGAUGAGAACAAUGUUUUUGAAUUUCUCGUCUCCCGACCCAUCGACACAACAGAACACCACCAAUGGUCAUGGCAAUAUUGUGGUGAAAACUGAACCAGGAGAAGAGAAUGCAAAUGACAGAGAAGAUGAUGAUGGAAGUGUAAAUCAAAAGAAAAAGAAGAGGAAACGCCCAAAAAAGGGGUCGCCGGUCGAAAGACAAAAUCCAUUGGUGGCGCUGGUGACAGUGAUGGUACGCUCUUGCAAUGAUAAGUCGUCUAUGGUGCGUUCUCGUGCAAUCGUACAGAUGAUCGAUGUGUUGAAGAAUGAUCGGAUGCGUGCAUUCUUGUCCGAUAUCUCCACUGAAAUGGCAAAGCUGAAUCUAGGCGAAGAAGAGAGUCAGGAGAAUAGAGUGGGUGUGCGAGAGGAGUCGUGUGCAGAUUCACCGCUGUUGGAAAUGUUACUCGUUCGGUGUAAUGAUUCGAGGGUAUCGGUGCGUAAAGCAGCCAUGCAAUCAGUUGAAGCCUACUGUACAUGUUUGAAUGAUAGAACUCUUAUCAACCUCGCGGUCAAUGCUAUCAAGCAAGGCAGUCACGAUACAGCUCUGUCAGUUCGUAAACAGUCAGCCGAAUCGUUAACUCAUUUGCUGUUAUCGAUGAGUGGGAAUCGUGCUGAGCUUUCGGAAUUGCUCGAGACAUCGUGGUUGUGUUCAGUGAUGCCGUUGGUGGUGGAUCGAGAACAGUCUGUUGUUCAACUUGCAUCGAGACUUAUUAAUGAAACAAUGAUUCAGCCAAUCGCAACCAAUAGCAAUGAUCUUGCAUGGCGACUUUUGGCUGCUGUCGAGCAAAAUCUUGAUUAUCAACGCGCAUUAUUGCGUGCGUUGAUGAAUGAAGCAAAAGACGGGAAUCUUACGGAACGGAUCGUGAAUGUUCUGUGGAAGAAGGUUGAUGAGGUUGAUAAGUCGACAAUGGCUUGGAUGUUACUUCAUGAGUUGUGUGCCAUUUUCAAGAUUGAUCCAUCACGUGCCGUUGAUGUUUGGUUCAAGAGGGUCGAUGAUGAGCAUCGAGAUACGGUU